CAAACUGAAGGGAAGAGAGAGGCGAGAUCAAAGGAAAUUAAAGUAAGAGAAUGAUGAAGACUAGCAGAAGAAUACCGAGUUUCCUCCCGAUCAAAGUUAUCGGGUUAAUGAAGAAAGCCAUGAAGCGAGUAAUGGGUAGCGAUGACGAAGAUCAUCAACAAGUAGUGGGGGAACCGCGACCGUGGUCUGAUCUCCCACCGGAGCUGAUGGAUUUGAUAUCAAGGUAUCUGUCCAUUGCGGAUUUGGCCCGACUUCGUGCCGUAUGCCGUUCAUGGCAAUCAGUGGGAAAGCGCAGGUUCAGAUCACCAUCUUUUGACAUUAGUAUGAUAUCAUCAAGCCCGUCCCCAAUUCUGAUCACUACGGAGGACGACCGCUGCACUUUCUACGAUCCAGUGCAUCACUACGUCACACACAGCAAAGAAAUCCCAGAAUUAGUUGGCACCCUAAUCCUUGGUUCAGGACAUGGUUGGCUCGUCCUCACUCGGCAAUCUGAUCUUAAUUCGGUAUUUCUCUUCAACCUCGCCACGAAUACUAGGAUAGAACUUCCAAGAUGCAAACCCCCUCCUUACCUUCAACAUGUGUGGCUUUCUUCUGCUCCAAAUUCCUCCGGCUGCUAUAUUAUUGGCGUGAACGAACUCGCAGUAGGGUUAUGGAUCAUAAAACGCGGUGACAAGGAUUGGACUUACCAUAAUUGCCACAAGCCCAAUUUCCUAGCAUGUGCACCAGUCCGGUUUCAAGGCGAGCUUUAUUGCAUGGAUUACAGAGGACGCAUAUUUGUAAUCGAUCCGAGCAACUUCGAUGCGCGGUGGAUGCUCCUAAUCGAGCAGCCCCUACCCUUGGGGCGCUGGAAACGGAUCCACUCCUUUGAGCAAGCUUUCCUAGUUGAGUGCGAGGGGGAGCUGUUGGCAAUUUUCUUGAGUGACUACGAUAAUCAGCAAGUCUCCAUAUUUGGGCUGGUGGAUCCAGAGAAUGAGACCUGGCAAAAGAUCGAGAGCUUGGAAGAUAAGAUGCUGUUUGUCAGUAAUAAAUCGUCCUUCAUCAUGAAGGCGACUGCCAGAGGGAUAGCCAACAAGAUGUACUUGCCAAAAUUUACUUCGGCGGGUUAUGGCGUUGUUUAUGAUAUUGGGGUUGGCGCAUACAUCACCCUUCUUACAGAUUGCGAUGAAGUCGAUCCUGCUAGAGGACGUUCCCGCUUUGUCAAGGAACUGAAACUUAGCUCGGCUUGGUGCCAAAUCGACCCAUCAACAACAUGCGAUGAAGUUUUGAGUUUGACUUGGUAGAUGAAACUAUAUAUACUGAUUGUUCUUUUCAGUUUUUUAUUUUAUUUUUCAUCCUUUUAAAAAAAAAAAUUGAUAUGAAGACCAUAGACCCCAUUAUGGUAUGACUUUGCAAGUUAUAGUCAAAAUAGACAUCCUUUGUCCAAACAUCAUUUAAGCAAAGGAUUUAUUAGAGCUAAAGGAGCUUUCUUUUUUCUUUUUUCUUUUUUCUCUGUGGAUGGACUAUCGAACUAAGACGAAAGAGG